AUGAUUGACGACGAAAUUCAAUAUGGUGUAAAAGUGAUAAAUGCAUUUAAGAGUUAUGGAGGAAAUAACGUAUUUAAUGGAUUGAACAUGAAUGUGGCGUCGGGUUCCAUAUAUGGCCUUUUGGGACCAAGUGGUUGUGGUAAAUCGACACUUCUUCAAUGCAUAAUGGGAUCAAUGGAAUUGGAUUCAGGAUGUAUAGACUUGAAAGCAAUAAAUUUAAAAGACGUGGGAUAUAUGCCUCAAAGUUUAUGUUUGGAAAGCACACUUACCAUAAAAGAAACUUUUGAAUACUAUGGAUCACUUUACAACAUGAGCAAAAAAGAAAUCGACAUAAAAAUAGAUGAGCUUGUUGCAUUCUUACAGUUACCAAAUUUAAAUAGUUUGAUUCGAGAUAUAAGUGGUGGCCAAAGUAGAAGGGUAUCACUUGGUGUUUGUUUAUUGCAUAAUCCUAAACUUAUUAUAUUGGACGAACCUACAGUUGGAAUUGAUCCUUUACUAAGACAAGAGAUUUGGAAUGGUCUUAUGACAAUGGUUAAAGAACAACAAAAAACAAUCAUAAUAACUACUCAUUAUAUCGAAGAAGCAAAUCUAGCCAGCUGUAUUGGUUUAAUGAGAAAUGGAAUACUGGUAGAAGAAGGAGCGCCUCAAGAUAUUAUUUCCAAACAUGAAGCAGAUUCAUUGGAAUCAGCUUUUUUAACCCUUUGUGCUUAUCAAGAUACAAAUGAAUUACCAACGAAUCUUCCUACAGCAGUUCAAAAAACGGAUAAAAUAAAAUCAAAAAAAUUAAUGGAAGUUGGUAAAAAAGUAGAUUUUAUAAGAAUUAAAGCAUUGCUUAAAAAGAAUUUUCAUAUAUUAUGUCGUGAUUACUGGUUAAUGUUUACCUUGGUUAUUCUUCCCAUCAUACAAACUAGUAAUUUUUGUACUAGUAUCGGAUCAGAUUUUAAACGAAUGGAAGUAGCAAUACAAAAUGAUGAAAUUAAUCUAAAUAAUUGCAAAUAUUUUAACCCCAGUGGAUGCAUUUUUGAUAAUAUUACAAGUCAAUCAAUGAGUUGCGUUGCUAUAAACUAUCUCACAUCACAUGAUUAUAAAUUAGUUGAAGUAAAAGAUCGUUAUUCUGGUGAAAUGCUUGUGGACAAAAACAAUUUUUUAGCAUUUAUACAUUUUCCAAAGAACUAUACUAAAGGCUUGACCAUAUUUAUUGACAGUCCCGAUGAUUAUGAUAUGAAAUCGCUGCCUUACAUGCAUUUUUCCAAACAUAAUAUGUUGUUUAAAAAUCAAAUAUUAUUGGAUGUAACAAAUGCAAUACGUUAUCUAAUGAAGACAACUUUAAAUAGUUGCUCCAAUAAUCCAAAAAUAGCUGGUUUACCCAUGGAGUUAAAUAUAUUAUAUGGAAAAGAUGUGAAAUAUCACCGUAACAGUACAGCGGCCAUUUUCCUAGCAAUGGGAGCAUUUUAUUUUAGUAGUAUUUAUUCAGUGAGUAUUAUGCUAUCAGAAAGAAUGGAUGGAAUCCUAAGUCGAUCAAUGUUUGCAGGUGUUACGAUAUUGGAAUUGCUCAUUUCUAUGUUUUGUAUUUCAAAUGCUUUAAUUAUCGGGCAUUCAUCUAUUUCUAUUAUUAUCACCUAUGUAUUAUUUUCGAACCCCAUUGUCAUAUCCAAUGGUCUAUUCGUAUAUGUCAUAUUGAUAAUAAUUAUGUCAUGGAUAGGAUUUCUCUUUGGUUUACUUGCUGCUGGAAUAACACCAACUAAAUCUGGUGGUGUUCAUAUUAUGAAUGGCUGGGCUCUAUCUCAGAUGUUAUUAUCGGGUGGCGUAUGGCCAAUUGAUGGACAGGCGAAGUUAUUAAGAUCAGUAUCUGAGUUACUUCCUAUGCGAUUAGCGGGGAAGACGAUGAAUGACAUAACAUUGAAAGGUUGGACAUUGGACCAUCCAUCCGUUAUAAUGGGUACCACAGCGACGUUUGGGCAUGCUAUAUUAUUAUUAUUAAUUUUAAUUGGCCUGAGUAAAAUAAAAAAGGACAUGUGGGUUAUACAUAAAUAAGAGCUUUGAACUUAAACAAAUAUUUAUUGUAUUUGUUAUUGAGAUGUUCAUAGUGAUUGGCUGACGCCUGAUAAUAGUUACCGAGAAAUACUAAAAGGUUAUAUAAUAUAAUAUAAUACAUUAUACGUGUUCAAUUAUUUAAAAAAUGUAUGGUAUUUUACGUUUUAUAUUAAUUUGUAUAGAUAAGUUUCUGUAAAAUACAUGAGAAGAUUGCGUUUGAAGAGAACAUAAUAUUUGGUUCAUAUUAUUUAAUUAGCUGUUAAUAUAUUAAAUUGGUAUUUAAAUUU